AUGUUCAAACACGUCGACUUUUCCCGCUGGCAUCUAGACAUAGACGACUAUAUCAACCCUUACAUCCCCGCCCCCCCAUGGCGAUAUCUCCCGCGGCCGAUCUCCCAUUUUUUCGGAUAUAGAGGCGACAAGGUCCCCAAGAGCCUGGGGAAUCUUGUGAUUGCAUUUUGGUCUCUGAUUGGCGUCUUCUGCGGCGUGCUCGUCGUGGCCGAGGUGUCGGAGCAUGUACCUUCGUUCCAGCACCAUAAUGGACCAGUCAUCGUGGCUAGUUUUGGCGCCGCCGCGGUCCUCGAAUUCGCCGUCAUCGAAUCCCCAUUCGCGCAGCCCCGCAACGCCGUCCUCAGCCAACUCUUCGCCAGCAUCAUCGGCAUCGGCAUCGGCAAGCUCUUCGCCCUGAACCCAGCCGCCCACUCCAAGCCCCAAGUCGGCGGCGCCCUCUCCUGCGCCAUCACCACCGCCUUCAUGGUCCUCACCAACACCGUGCAUCCGCCCGCUGGCGCCACCGCCCUCCUAGCCGUCACAGAAGGCUACCCUAUCGGCUGGUUCCUGAUCCCUAUCAUGGUGCUGGGCUGCGUCAUGAUGCAGGCCGUCGCGCUGGUCGUGAAUAAUAUCCAGCGGAGAUUUCCGGUGUAUUGGUGGACUGCGGUGCCGCUUUCGAGGCGCAGGCUGGCUGAUGCGGAGAGUGGGGGAGGGGAGAAAGGUACUCAUGGCCCUUCCCAUGGCCAUGGCGCCGAAAGUUCGUCUGAUAGCGCUGUUACGAAUACUGAGGAGGCUCCUGUGCGGAUCGUUAUUCAGGAGGGGAAGGUCCUUGUGCCUGAUGAUCUGUGGAUCACGGCGGAGGAGAUGGAGGUCCUUGAGAGGAUCAGUGAACGGAUACAGUAA